AGCGUCGAAUAUUCCAAGAUCCAAGUCCACGCUCUUGUAAAUGACGAGGGUCUAUACUAGGAAUCCAUAUUUUUUUUUUGCAAACUACUACUACAACUACUACGACUACAGUUCUUGCAUCAUCAUCUACUCCCGUUGGUUCCGAAAAUUUUGCAGGCGACAAUGAGCGAGUAACUGUUACUACAAGCACUUCUAGGCUCCUCUUCUUGGUGUGAAAAAACUUUGUUAGUUUGCUUUAGAGGGAUAAACAGUGAUGAAACUCACACAAAUGAAUACUGCGUAGAAGGCUAUUAACAAUAAAAAGCAGGAGAAUCUUCAGCAUGGCGAUGUUUGGUCAGUUCGUUCUGGGUCCGCCUGGCGCGGGUAAGACCACCUACGCCCACGCGAUGCAGCAAAUGUGUCUGGCUAUGAAGCGGCCCUACCUCGUGAUCAACUUGGAUCCCGGUAACGAGUCCUUGCCUUACGACCCGGAUAACGUGAUCGACGUGAAGGAACUUAUUACGGUCACGGAUGUUAUGGAGGAGUUUGGGUUAGGACCUAACGGUGCUCUCAUUUACGCAAUGGAGUUUGUGAACGAGCACCUGGAGGAGUGGCUGUUCGACGCGCUAGCUGCGUUCCCGCAUUGGCGCAGUCGGUACUUGAUCUUCGACCUGCCGGGUCAGGUGGAGCUGUACUUACACCACGAGGUGAUGAAGCUUUUGACGACGAAGUUGUGCAAGCGGCUGGACUUGAGGCUGAGCUGCGUGCAUUUAGUGGACGCCACGUGGUGUCGCGACGCGGGCGCGUUUUUAGGCGGGGUUUUAACCGCCUUAGCCUGCACAAUGCACUUGGAGCUACCACCAGUGAACGUCUUGACGAAGAUCGACUUGAUGAGAGAUUUCGCAAAGGAUCUGCCGUUCCGCCUCGACUAUUACUUGGGGGUAGACGACCUUUCGCACCUACUGUCGACUGCUGGUGCACUACGAGAUGCGUGGAUGGCGGAUCUACGAGAAUGUCAUGACAUCACUUCUAAAUCUUCGACAACCGGUGCUACAACCGGUGUUGAUAAUGAGCUGGAUAAAAGUUCGGAUAAGCGUGUACAGGAAAGAUAUCUAGGUGACAUCGUGGAGAACAAUGUUGUAGAGGGAGAACAAAGCACCACAGCGGCCACAAAAGUAGAAGUAAAUACAGGUCGUGGGGAGCAAAAGACAGAAGAGAAGCUUGCCACAGCGAUAGCAAGUAUCAAAAGCGGCGUUGCGAGUGCGGGGAAACAAGCCGCUUGUGAUGCGAAGAACGACGCUAAAGUUAGCACGGCUACAACAGGAGCAGUAUGUACUAGUACAUCUGAUAAGCAAGGCGGCGGAGCAACUCCAUCGUCAUCGUCAUCCUCAUCUUCUUCGCAGAAGAACUCGGUGGCGCCUUUGUUCCGCCACCCGCUUUUCCGUAGGUUUCGAAAAUUUUAUGAGGGCUUGGCAGAAAUCAUCGAGGAGUAUAAUCUAGUACGAUUCGAGCCUCUAGACGUGAACAACAAGGAGUCGGUCUACCGCGUCUUGCUUCGCUGCGAUCAGUGCAACGGCAGAAUAUUCGCUGAGAAAGCUAGUGGCCUUGUCGACAAAAAACGCAAGGAAGCAGGUCUAGGUGAAGAAGACGGCUAUGCAGAUUUCGGCAAUGCUACGGAGCAUGACUACAGCUCAAUGAUGCGUGAAGCAGUGAUGGCGGACAGUACCCACGACUACUGCGAAUACCUAGAUCGACUACAGGAAAAAUACCUGGACCCCAUUAAUGAUGAGCAGGACGACAAAAAAGACGGAAAAUCUCCUCCAACAUAUUUGAACUGAAAAUACGUAGAUGCUCGUUCAUAUUUGAGGUGCUCCCGUCAUCUCCAUUUUUCAGACAACGAACUGUUGUACUUAACUCUAUUCACCUCUGCCAUUAAUUUC